UAUAGACAUGUAAGGUUGGGCUCCGCUGGCCCCGCCCGCCUCUUUAUUCCCAGGCUCCUGUGGCUCGGGCGGGUAGAGACCUCAGUAGCGGCGGAAGAUUGUGCGGGCACUCACCGAUCAUGGCAGCCGGGGCAGCUCUAUCCGGGGUGAAGGUUUUUGGGAAACAAUUAUCAGCUCAAUAUCGGAUUAUCUCAUGGAGGGCAGCCAGUACUUCAUUUAAGUCUGCAGACUUGCAAAUAGAGUUGAACAAACAUCCUAAAAAGAAGCUGCCAGUGUCGGACUUGGUGUUUGGAAAAACCUUUACAGACCAUAUGCUGACAAUAGAAUGGACCAAUGAGAAAGGAUGGGGAAAGCCCCAAAUUAAGCCUUUCCAAAACCUUUCCAUUCACCCUGCGUCUUCUGCGCUUCACUACUCAGUUGAGCUCUUUGAGGGAAUGAAAGCCUACAGAGGGGAGGACAAUCAGGUUCGUCUUUUCCGACCUAUGAUGAACAUGGAGAGAAUGCAUCGGACGGCACUUCGAGCUUGUCUACCUUCCUUUGACAAGGCAGAACUAUUGGAGUGCCUGAGAAGACUGAUUGACAUUGACAGAGACUGGGUCCCUAAAUCUACUACUGCUAGUCUCUAUAUACGACCCACCUUUAUUGGCACAGAGCCAUCUCUUGGAGUCACAAAGUCCAACCAUGCAUUACUGUAUGUCAUCGUUGGACCCGUGGGACCCUACUUUCCAACAGGAGGAUUUACUCCAGUUUCACUUUUAGCGGAUCCAAAAUACGUGCGUGCCUGGAUGGGGGGAGUAGGGAACUAUAAACUGGGCGGAAACUACGGGCCUACAAUUUAUGUGCAAAAUGAAGCCGCAAAGGAAGGGUGUCAACAAGUGCUAUGGCUGUACGGUGACGACCACGAAGUGACUGAAGCUGGAACCAUGAACUUCUUCAUGUAUUGGAUCAAUGAACAGGGAGAGAAAGAACUUGUGACUCCACCACUAAGUGGAUUAAUCCUCCCAGGAGUGACAAGACAAAGUCUGCUGGAUCUAGCAAAACAGUGGGGUGAAUUUAAGGUUUCAGAACGUACAUUUAAUAUGGCUGAUGUGGUAAAAGGACUGAAAGAGAAUAGAGUAAAGGAGCUUUUCGGAGCAGGAACAGCCUGUGUGGUUUCUCCCGUUAAUCGGAUAUUAUACAAUGGAGAAAAUUACCUCAUACCCACUAUGGAACAUGGACCAGACGUGGCAAAACGCUUCUUGAAAGAGCUUACAGACAUUCAGUAUGGCCGCACUCCCAGUGACUGGGGGUACCUUGUGUGAUGCAGAUGAGACCUCACCAAGACUUGUCCAUUACAAACCUUUACAAUCAUCAACCUCUUGGAUUUUAUUUGUGUUUUUAUUUAGGGUUCAUCAAGAAAUGGUAAAACAAAGAGCGUCUACCUCCAGCAUCACAGUCUCUUCAAGCCUUUAUUUUAUAAUUCUCCAAUAUGAUGGACAAGUAGCCUCUUGUAUUUUAAUGUAUUAAAUUGUAUUAUGAGAUUAUUAUCUUUUAGAUGAUCUAGAAAUGCUGUGACUGUAGAGAAGUAGAUGCCUUGAUGGCGGUGCAGGCUAUAUUUUUUCUGAUGUGUACUGUACAUUCUGUAGCUAAUACGUGUGGGCGAUGCUACAGGAAUACAACUUUAACCGAUCUUCCUCGUUGCUGCUACGCACAAAGCUCUGCGUUCUCCUAGCAAUAUGAUAAAGAACUGAUGUCUUCUCAGUCUUAUUUACACUCCGCUAUUAAACUGCGCAAGUCACUUUCAAUUGUAUCUCUCCUAUGUGUCAUA